AUGUCGAACAGACGAGUAAAACACAAUGAGAAUAAUUUACAAGUUGAAAAUAAUAGACAACUUUCAAGGAAACGUUCAUUAUCAAUUCAUAAAUCACAAAGGGUUGACAAGAAAUAUUCUGGACCAACAGGCAAACGUUAUAAAGCACUUUUAACAUGUGUUGUUUGUAAUGGUGAUGCACAUGGUUAUAAUUUUGAUGCUAUAUCAUGUGAAUCGUGUAAAGCAUUUUUUCGUCGAAAUGCAUUACGAUCAUUGGAUAAAUUAAAAUGUCGUGGUACCGGUUGUUGUAAUAUUACAUUUAAUAUAAGAAAACGAUGUAAACGAUGUCGUCUUGAAAAAUGUCUCGCAUCAGGCAUGCGAAAAGAAUGGAUUCUUUCAGAUAAAGAAAAAGCAGAAAAACGUGCUAAAAUUGAAGAAAAUCGUCGUCUUAAACAAAUUAAUGAUAAUGAUCAAGAAUCACAUCAGUUUGAAAAACGAGAAUCGAAAACAGAUGAUGAUUUAUCUCUAGAUAUAUCUCCACUUCUUAAUCAGUCAAUUUUAAAUGAUUUCGAUUGGUUUAGUAUAAAAUUUAUUCAAGAUUGUUUUACUGAAGCUGUACGAUUAAAUCAAAUAGCUGGUAUAUCAUUUUAUCCAUCAACACAACCAAUUGAAUCAACAAUAGAAUUAUUUCGUGUACCACUUUAUAUAUCAUCAAUGCGUCUUAUAACAUAUAUUAAACAAGUAAAUGAAUUUCAACAAUUAGAUAAAGAAGAACAAGUUUAUCUUGUUAAAUUAAAUUUAUUAACAAUUUGUUUUCUUCAUUCAAUAUUUAUAUAUGAUCCAAGAACAGAUUGUUAUCAUGAACAAGAUACAAUUGAUCCAUUAUUUUCCGGAAAAGAUUGGAUUAAAACAUUAAAUAAAAAAUUUCAUAUUGAAAUGAGACAAAUGCGAAAUGAUUUAAUUGAUAUAUUUCAAGCUGAUGAUAUUAUUAUUAAAUUAUUUUAUUUAAUAUUACUUUUUUCAAAUCAAAUGUCAUCAAAUCAAUCAACUCAAUGUUUAUUAACACCAAAUGUUGAUAAAUUAAGUAUACUCAAAGCACAAAAUGUAUUUGUUGAUUUAGUUUAUAGGUAUUGUUUACAUCGAUAUGGUUCUCAUCAAGCGCCUAUAUUAUUUUCACAAUAUGUUAAUAAAUUAAUGAAAAUUGUGCAGUUAGUUGAAGAAGUUAAAUGUACAAUAAAUAAUUAUAUUGAUAUAAGAGAACUAUCACCAUUAAUGCAAAGUCUUAUAUGA